CGCUCGCACCCACUACCACUGUUGCGCUCAUCAUCAACAUAUUCUCGACGAAACAUUUUUUUUUACUUGUUACGUUGAUUUUGUGGCGUUUAAAAUAGUGAUUAACCAGCGCCAAGUUGGCCCAGCAAACAUGUGCUAAAGCGUAAAUGCAGUGCUAGAAUAGGCAUUAAUUGCAGAAUCAUUCCAGUUAAAAGCAAAGCAACAAAAAGAAAACAGAAGAGCACAUAGGCCGGCAAAUAGUUAACACAUCCAGGCAUAAUAGAAUAUAAUAAUAAUAACAAAAAUAAAAAGACAAAUACAAAUAAAAGAAAAACAAAUAAAAGAAGGAGCGGACAAAAGGCUGCCACACAAGUGAUUCAACGUUUCUCGCCGCCACAAUGAACUCCGAGCAUGGAUUUAAUCCAGCCUUCAAUAUGGCCACCAUACGGCAAGCAUUCACAGAGGCGGUGGAGAGGGUCAGAAUGCCCACGCCCACACGCCUGCGCGACCUCAUCCGACAGAUUCGCGCCGCCAGAACCGCCGCCGAGGAGCGGGCGGUGGUCAACAAAGAGUGCGCCUACAUACGGAGCACGUUCCGCGAGGAGGACUCCGUCUGGCGCUGUCGCAACAUUGCCAAGCUGCUGUACAUACACAUGCUCGGCUAUCCGGCUCACUUUGGCCAACUGGAGUGCCUUAAGCUGACGGCCAGCACGCGGUUCACAGACAAGCGGAUCGGCUACCUGGGCGCCAUGCUGCUGCUGGAUGAGCGGCAGGAUGUCCACCUGCUCAUCACCAACUGCUUGAAGAACGACUUGAACAGCUCCACGCAGUUCGUCGUGGGCCUGGCCCUGUGCACUCUGGGUGCGAUCGCCUCACCGGAAAUGGCCCGGGAUCUGGCCAGCGAGGUGGAGCGUCUGAUGAAGUCCCCAAACACGUACAUUCGCAAGAAAGCAACGCUGUGCGCCUUCCGCGUCAUCCGUCGUGUGCCCGAGUUGAUGGAGAUCUUUUUGCCGGCCACGCGUUCCCUGCUCAGCGAGAAGAAUCAUGGAAUUUUGAUCACUGGCGUUACGCUGAUCACGGAGAUGUGCGAGAACAGUUCGGACACGCUGAUGCAUUUCAAGAAGGAUAGCGGAAAUCGAGAGAUUGUGCCGAACUUGGUGCGCAUCCUGAAGAACCUGAUCCUGGGCGGCUAUUCGCCGGAGCACGACGUCAGCGGCGUGAGCGAUCCGUUUCUGCAGGUGAAGAUCCUGCGACUGCUGCGCAUCCUGGGCCACAAUGAUCCGGAUGCCUCCGAGGCGAUGAACGACAUCCUGGCCCAGGUGGCCACCAACACGGAGACGAGCAAGAAUGUGGGCAACACCAUCCUCUACGAGACCGUGCUCUCCAUCAUGGAUAUACGCUCGGAGGGUGGAUUGCGCGUCCUGGCCGUCAAUAUCCUGGGACGAUUCCUGCUCAACUCGGACAAGAACAUACGGUACGUGGCGCUGAACACGCUGCUGCGAACGGUGCACGCGGACACGUCGGCGGUGCAGCGGCAUCGCACCACCAUUCUGGAGUGCCUCAAGGAUCCGGACGUCUCGAUCCGUCGGCGGGCGAUGGAGCUGUCGUUUGCGCUGAUCAAUGCACAAAACAUACGUACAAUGACCAAGGAGCUGCUGCUCUUCCUCGAGAAGGCGGACGCCGAAUUCAAGGCGCAGUGCAGCUCGGGCAUGAUCCUGGCCGCCGAGCGUUACUCCCCAACCACGCGCUGGCAUCUAGACACGCAGUUGAGCGUGCUAAUUGCGGCCGGCAACUAUGUGCGCGACGACGUCGUCUCCUCCACCAUUCAGCUGGUGUCCAGCAGUCCCGUCCCGGAGCAGACGUACAUCACGAACCGUUUCUGGGAGUCGCUGCAGGUGGCCAAUCAUUGCGAGGACAAGCAGCCGCUGCUGCAGGUUGCCGUCUGGGCCAUAGGCGAGUACGGUGAUCUCUUCAUGUACGGCGCCAACGAGGAUGAGUUUGAACGGCCCACUGAGAGUGAUCUGAUCGCUGUGUAUUAUAAGUUUUUAACCUCUGCUCAAGUCUCGACCACAAGCAAGCAAUAUGCCCUUGUCUCCCUAGCCAAGCUAAGCACGCGUUUGCAACAGUGCGUGGAGGAAAUCCAAGCACUGAUCACGUCCUUUGGCAGCCACCUGAAUGUGGAUCUGCAGCAGCGAGGCGUGGAGUUCACGCAGCUCUUUGGCCAUUACAAGCAUCUGCGCCCACCGCUGCUGGAGAAGAUGCCGGCCAUGCAGAUCAGCAGGAUUAGCUCGCAGAACGGCGAGAGCGGCGGUGGCUCCUUCGACGACAACAGUCCCGAUGUCAUUGAAAAUGGCGUGGAGGGAGGCGGCGGUGGCGGACACUCACUUAUCGAAAGCAAUAUGAACACUCUUGGUGACAAUACGAACAUUUUGCUGGAUCUGCUGGGCAGCACGGAUCUCUCGGCGGGAGGCGCUGGCGAUUUGGUGGCGGCCACGGAUCUCUCGAAUGCCGUGCAUAAAAAGAACUCGCGCAAUGCGAACGAUGUGGUGGCGCCCGUUUCCAAUAAUCAGGAUCUAUUGGAUCUGCUCGAUUUGGAUCUAUCUGCGCCUCCGUCCACGACGACGGGCGCGCCGGCGGGCGGAGGAGGAGGCGGUGGCAUUCUGGCCCUGGCCGGGGACAACAACCAGAGCAGUGCGGCAAACAUGAAUAACAUGCUCGGUGGCCUGGACUUGGGUGGCUUUGGAUCUGGCCUGGACAGCUCAGUCAGCAUACCCACAAACGGCAACGAUUUGGCCAGCAUGCUGGGUGGGCUGGGAGCCCCGCCGGCUGCAUCAGCGCCACUGGCGGCUCCAGCUCCCGUUGGCAACCUCAUCGAUGGCCAUGCCGGCGGUCUGCUGGGCGAUCUGAAUCCCACGGCUGCCUCCAACAAUGUAGUAGUGCCUCCACAGGGUCCCAGGCUGACGGCGCUGGACAAGGAUGGGUUACUGGUGCAACUGGUUUCGGUCAGGGGCAGCGACUGCAUGCGCAUCUAUAUGACGACCACGAAUAACUCAGAUAAUACCCUGGAUCAGUACUUGCUGCAGGCGGCUGUGCAAAGGAGUUUCCAGCUGCAGAUGCUGACGCCAUCCGGCUCCGUGCUGCCGCCCGGUGGAGUUAUAACGCAGGAGAUGCGUGUUGUAGCCACGUCGAAUGCGACACUGCGGAUGCGUCUGCGCAUCCAGUACGUGCUCGAUGGCCAGCAGCAGGUGGAGCAGACGGAGGUCAGUGGAUUCCCCGAGCAGCAGCCGGCGGCGGCGGCGGCCGCAGAGUAGAACUGCAACUGUAUUAAAGCGAAACCACAUUAGCCUAAUAUCGGAAAUAAUUCAACACACGGCAAGCAGCAGGAGCAGCAUCAACAACAGCGGCAACACUAAGAACACACACACACUGUGGUUGUCACACAUUUAUUGUAAAAUAAGUUAUCACACACACAGUAAAACACAGAGCCACCCACGCAAUCGCAUCUAGAUCAGAGCAUUUUCCAAAUCGGCGCACAGCGCUGUUCAGACUCAGACUGUUUGUUUUUUAGCCGGGUUAGUCGGAGUCGGAGCUCGAUAGCUGAGAAAAUGAGGGAUACAACCCGCCCAGAAGCAGUUAACUUAUAUAUUUUUUCUAAUUUAUAUCUAUACAUAUAUAUAAACACACUACUUGUCAAAUCAAUCUUUACGUUUGUCUUGUUUUAUUAUUAAUAAUUCUCUCAUUUUAAAUGGUGUGUAAACUUUUGUGUGUAAAAGACAACUUUCAGUUUUAAGUUAAGACAAUAAACGUCAAAUCCACUAUUCCCCAUAAAUAAAUGGCAACUAACAAAGGUAACAAAAAUAAAAAAAAAAAAAAAAAGAAAAGGAAA